AGGGUUUUAAACUUGCUUUUGUUAGGUGGAGUGAAUGAAAAUAAAACUGCCGUGUGUGAUAAAACUGAAAAAGCCAACUAUUCAUAUUAUAACAUUGAGAAAUGUAGUCUUUUUCGGUGCUCUUAAGUCACCCAAAUAGAAAAAAUAAAAUAAAAUAGUAAAAAGAAUAAAGACUUGUAAGUGUAGGCCUACUGUUGAUAAAACAGAUUUUGUUGUUGUUGUUAUUAUUGUUUUGUUCAUUUGUUAUGUAUUUCACCUAUACUGAUGAUAUUUUGAGUGCUUUACGAUACUAAACCUCACAAAUAUAGGUCAUCCAAGCUCUUAUGAGGAGUUUCAGCUGGUUAUGAAACAGCCGGGUACCUCAUGAUCCUCACAUUUUGUACGUGUAAUGCUGUCUGGAGGAUAGUAAAGGGCAAUUCCCAGAGGUUACAACUGUCUACAUUUAAAAGAAGACACUUCAAUACAUCUAGGCGUAUCCUUAAAAGAGUAAUAAUAAUAAUGAUAAUAAUAAUAAUAACUUUAUUUUUAUUUUUAUGGGACUUUUAAAAACUGAAGUUUACAAAGUGCUUUGACAAACAGUUGUAAAGCACAGAACAUCAGCACAUGGAAAUGAAGACAAAUAAAAAACAAAAGCUCAGUUAAAAACAAGGCCCCCAAAUAAAGGCCAAUUUCAUUUGUCAUAAGAAACCCGGACAAUACAAGAACCAUGAGGAGCAAAAUAAAAACAUAAAAUAGGUUAAAAAAAAUUUUAAAAAAAAAGGAAAUGUAAUUAAAAAAGGGGGAAUGGAAAGCAGGAAACAGGAUAGUAAAUAUAAAAAUAUGAUAUUAAUACUGAUAAUAAAAUCAUAAUAAAAUAAUAAUGAUGGUAAUAGUACUGAUAAAAUGGAAUAACAAAAAAAUGAGCAGGAAAAAACAAAAAAAUCAAAAAAAGGUCUAAAAGGUUUAAUAAGAAAAGAUUAUAAGUAACAACAAAGGCUAAAAGGACAGUAAGAUAGGGGUAAAAGAGAUAGAAGAUAAAAGAAAAAAGAGAAAUAACGAGGAAGUUUUAUCACUUGAUCAGCAGUAACACAGUAGAGACAGUGAGAGUUUAUUCAGUACAGAGUGAGAGCUCUUGAUUUCGCUCCCAUCUUUGUGGAGGAGGACAACAGCUAUUUUUGUUCUCCUGGUUCAACCCACUGCUAAACUAGCAGCUAAGGAGCUAGCCCCUACUUACACGAUAAUCUGCCACACAAAGUCACUGCUUUAACUUCUAUUUAUUCCGUGUGUACAAGGUUUCUUUUUUCACAAAGACCACCUAGAGACCCUGAGUGUGGAAUCCACCCGCUUGGUUUGCUGGAAUAAGAUGGUCGUUUUGACAAAUAACAAUGAAGAGCAGGAUUAUAUGUGAGUGCAAAUUUGGAUUAUGUAGUGUUAGCCGCCGUCAACCUUAGUCCCGAUUCACUUACAACUCCAUUUAAAUAGCCGGACUGAUACCUGACAGCAGCAGGAGUUGAAGACUUUGGGAUUGCACAGGCUUUUUAGCAAGAACAGGACUCGACAAGCAAACAUUUCUUCUGUAUUUUAGUGUUAAUGUUAAAUUUCAGCAGCAAACUGGGUUAAAUUUUAUGUCCUUGUUAGCCUGAUGCAACGGGAUAGCUAAACAGCUAACUGACCCGGAUACGCUGGUUUCCAUGGAGACUUUAAUUUCAAAGAGUUAAAAUAUCACCUAGUAAGCUUUAAUAUUUCCUAAAACACACCUCUCCCCACAGCUCUUUGUUUUUUUUUUCGAGAAACAAACCCGAAGAUUUAGUCAUAGAAGUGAGACUGAGUCCUAAAAGCGAACAGUAUUGCAUCUUAAACUGUAAACCCUGUGUUAUGGCUUCUAAAAUUGCAGAUUUAAGCUUGCAACCGUUCACUUGCCGUAGUAAAUUUGUAAGAUUGUCUUGUGAGAAACCCUCUGUAACCCAGGCAGAGAUGACAUCAUAUUAUGCUGCUGCUGCAGUGCUGCUAACAUCCUGCAGGGUUUAGGCUAAAAAUUGCAUCUGUAGAGCAUGCAGACAACUCGAGCUGAAGUCUUCACACAACACCCACUGACCUACAUCUGAAGCCCCUGCCUCAGUCUCAUCUCAGAGAGAAAACUGAUGCAGGCAGGCAGGCAAACAGCUGGCACAUCAUCUUCACCCUUCACAGCAGAUUUGGUUGUCUUUGUUUUAUUAUUUUUAUCUGCAUACAGAGAAAAAAAGUGAAAUAUAGAUGAGGCAUCCCUGUGCAAAUUAAUACCGCUCAUUCUCAGAAGAAUAAAUCAGAUUGUAAAGAUUUGAGGGGCUGGCAUUUGACACCCUGUGUUUUAUCUUCCCAGCCUGAUUGAGGAGCGUAAAUGCAGCUCCCUCCCCAGCUCUCCCGCCAAGCGAGUGUCUCCCACCAAAAAGAAGCAGUAUUACAUCAACCAAGCCAUCCGCAACUCUGACCUCACUCCUCGUGCCAAAGGCAAGAAGAGCCUCCGCCGACAAGAGAACAGUAAGAACAUUUGAUUAUCAAGACGUAUGAAAUUUGUUAGUGAAGUUUUGCUCACAUGUCCAUCUCCUUUCCCCUUCUUUGUCAACCAGCACGUUUUCUAGCUAAUCUACUUGAGAGGGAUGAGUGCUCCAAAGAUGACCUGGAAGUUUGCAGUAACCCAGCAAUCCCAUCUAUCUUCACUGAAGCCUGCACCAAUGGAAACUACAUAGAGGUAAGCCCGUCACAGAGGAAGGUGAAGACUAUUCUCAAGAAGAUGGAUCACCCACUUCACAACACCUUGGUGGUGGUGGACGGCUUCUCUCUCUACGCUGCAGGACAGAAAGAUUCAGACUGUACAACUCCUCUGUAAAUAGUAGAUAACUUUUAUACGCAUUAUACACAAUUAAAUUUCCCUUCAGGGAUUAAUAAAGUUGUUGUUCUUCUUCUUCAUGUGUCUAUUUACCAAGCAUAAUCAAUCUAAAAACACCUAGUAAAGCAAGAAUUAUAAAAAAAAUAUAGUCACUAUUCAUUCCUCUCUUGUCUUUCCAGCCAUGGAAUGACUUUAUGAACUGCUCUGGCGAGGAGCAGGAGAGACUGUUGUCUCUGCUGGAGAAGGAGGGGGCCAAGAAGAAACUGACUGCCAAGCUCCUAAAAGACCAGAGGAAUGGUGAGCAUCAUCAGUUUAUGUCUGGUUGUUUGAUGGCCGUUUUAUCUGCUGCUGUUAUGCUGACUUUCACUUAUCUCUCUGCAGUAAAUCUUGCCUUCACUGCUCAGGACUGCUUCCAGAGAAUCGAUCGCAGGCUACGAGCAACUCUGAGACGUAAACAAAUCCCCAUAGUGAGUGACCUUUUCUCUUAUUCUCAAAUGCUUCACAAGGUGUAAAGUUUGCACCAUUCUGUGUCCACAGAGUUAAAUCAGCAGUUUUUGCCGUAUCUUGACUCAUAUCUCUGGCAUCUCUGCUGUGCAUCAAAUUCAAAGGCCACUCCGGCUUCUUUUUGCAGAGUCACAAUUACAUAAGUCCUCUUUCUCUCUCAGAUAGCUCCCCUACAUGUUUGAAGCUUUUUUUAGAAACCAUGACCUGCUGCUCCAGAUUUUUACGGAUGGCAAAAAUAGGUGUGACUGCUGUAGAGUCUCUCCGGAGGCUCACAGGAGCUCAGGGUUUUACGCAAGAUCUUCGAUGACCUCAUUGCUGUUGCGAACAAACCUCUUACCUCCUUAAUUGAUUUUUUUUUUCUCUGUACAGGGAACUCUUGAAGUUUUGGAGGAAAACCUUCUGAGCUUCUUCAACGCUCAACCUCACUCAGUUUACACAACCCACCUCGCCAGCAGGUAAACAUCUCUAUCCCAUCUUCUUUAAGUCUUAAAACCCAGUAAGUUUUCUUCUCUUGGGCCUAACAAGUGUUAGAGAAUGAUUAAAAAAUAUACAAAGAGUAAGUAAUAAUUAGAAACAGCUGGACUUACUUUUCGUAAAACAACAUUCUGGUAUCAGCGUUAUAUGGUGGCCUUUAGCAGACCAGCUCUCUAAUUACAGUUGAAAUACUGAUAUCUGUCCAGUACUACUUUAAACACAUACACACUACACUCAAGGUAGGAUAGUUUUAUUAUUUUUAAAUCAUAAAAUAGUAUUAUAUUUUUAAAGCCAUUUAUUUAUGUUAAUCCUGAUUUAGAUUGCAUUAAUUUAGUAGUAAUGCAGCAGGAUCAGGUUCAUAAAUGGCUUAGGAAUGGUGGAAAAUAUGACUUAAUCACAUACCUCCUCUGCUAAUUCCCCUCUGUGUUUUUAUCGACUUCUGUAUGAUUCUAAAGAGGGUAUUAGGUUGGAUUCUGUGUCUUAAAGGUCUUAAAAGGGGGUUUUAGUUAACUUGGGAGAAUUUGCAGGCACUCUAGGUCGGUUUCAUCAGCUUUCAUUAAGAGGAAGCACUUUAAACAAAGAAAGAAGGAUUUAAAACAAGGUUAUAACUAUUUUUUUUAUGAGUUGACUCCCGCAGUAGGCAUACAGCAGUGAUCAAAGUCCACACAACCACUAUCAGCUCUUAUCCUUGCUCAGUGUUGGCCUGUGCUCACCCCUUUCAUUUAAUUCACUGACAUCAGUCUGGUGUCACCAUGGCCACUCAGUAACAUACAAAGAGCGUUCUCAAACAGAAAAGCUUACUUUGACAUGUGAAGACUUUACUUCUACAGCUACCUGAAGUAACAAACUUGUGGAUGAAUAUAUGAACGAGGCUUUCCAGUAGGGAAAGGCAGAUCUGUGCAAACACUUAACUGUAAGAAAAAGUUGGUCAUUUGUUUAAGUGAUUAGACGAGGGAAGGAGUUGAAGGUCAUUUCUCUGUUGUUUGUGUUCAGCUUUGAGAGACUGCUGCUUCACGCCGUCUGCCAGUACAUGGACCUCGUCUCUGCAAGUGAGUGGAUACGCAUUUUUGAAAAACUGGGGGAAAUAUAUCAGACUGAAUGUUUAGUUUGUAUCUUCAUUCAAACCUGUUUUUAACUGAAAGACUGAAGAUAAUAUUGGAAACAUUCGCUCAAGCUUAUAAAGAGGUUACAUUUGGGGAAAUUCUAUUGGAAGGUCAUGGACAUAAAAAGCUUAUGACCAAAUCAUAGCAAUUUCUUGUUGAUGAUUAUACACAUUCUCAUCCUGGUUGGACUUACAAAGCAAGCUCAGUGGUUAUUAGUCACAUGAGAGUGAUUAAAGUGUCUUUGUUUGUUUGUCGAACCCUCAGGCACAGACUACAAUGGCUUGCGUCAGACUGAGGUGGUGAACAAACAAGAAAAGUUCCUUCCUCCUGGAUGUCUGCUGUCAGCCUACUUGGAGCAGAUGAGCUGAGAUCAGGCCCCCUCUCUCUUUCCCUAUGUCCUUAGAACAGCUCUGCUGCAGGUGGGAGAGGCAGGAGAGAUGUGAAUAAGGUGCUAAGGUACGCAGUCUGUAUGAAAUGUCUGUGUAACGUCCACAAAACUAAAGACAAAGCUGAAAAAAAAAGUUCAUCUCCCCUUUUUUUCUCUGUUGAUUUCUGGAUUCUAUGGACAUUUUUCAAUCAUCAAAAAAAAAUCACAGUUCUUAUUAGGCUUGUAAGGGUAAACAUGAUAAAAAAUGUUUCUUUUUCAAAUAGUUUAUAAGCUAUUUUAUCUCUGCAUGUUUGUACAGUCCAGUUUGUUGUCAGUUGAGACAGAGUACAUGAUGUUGUCUCACACCUGAGGCUGGAGAACUUACCUGGCCCCUUUUUAAAUGAGGCUGCAUGACUUUUCUUAGACGAGCCACAGUUUCAACCCUAACGGUUAAGAUCCAAAACAAGUUUUGUAAUUGAAGCUGUUUUGCAUCCGUCUCGUUCACAUUUUUAGGUUAUAUUAAGAGGAUUACUUGAAGAACAGCUUUCAGGAGCUGCUUUAAUCAUUGUUUUAAACCCAGAUUGUUGCAGUCUUGUGAGAUGUGACAUAAACUUCACAAAAAAAGUUCAAGCAAACGAGAGUUGUUACAAUUUAAUAUCAGUCCCGUUACAUCAAAGUUGAGUUAUUUGAUCUGAAAUUCCUCAAAUCUGUAGUUGAUCCAUGUUGUACCUUUUCAGAGCGCAAUUAAUAGAAUGGGGAAUAAAGUUACAAGAGACAACAUAAAAAAGACUUUUUAAGGCAAGCCAAGUCAACUAAAAUCCCCUAAAAGAUUUAUCAUGCUACUCAUAUAAUAACACAAACGGAGGAAUUUUUCGACUUCUUACUCUAAGCAUUGCCACUGCAUGGUAAGGAGUCAGAUAUGUCUUCGUGUUUAUUUUAGAUAAAGCACAGAAUCAUCACAGCAAACAAAGAUAAAAAUCAACCCCAAGAAUAAGAAGAAAACUUGAUCUGAAGCAGUCCUUGUUGAAACGACUGGAUUACGAAGCUGAAACUCAGAACUUAUUGUAAUGCAUCCCUGCAUGGAGGAUUAGCCUGUCGGGUUAUGUAAACUGUAAACUCUGCAGCACGAGUAUUAAUAAUCUCUUCAUUAAUGCACAGACACAUCACUGAUCAUCUAAGGUUAACUAUUGGAUGCAAAAGUUCUUCAACCAGGGUGUGAAAUAACAGCUUGUUGUAUACUUGGAUCAUUAAACAACUCUUUGAUAACAUUCUCUGUAAGAUGUAUGAAAGAAAACUCCCUCUACCAGAAUGAUUUUUACUGAAUCUGUGCAUCUUUCCCAUCUUGCUUCAUUAGCAGGUUUGGUCUUUUUUUUUACACCAACCUUUGUUUUCAGCCUUGAUUUAAAAAAACCAAACUGUCUGUGUAUUGAUGUAGAAAUGACCAGUACAGACUCUGUACAGUCUGUAAGUCAAAGAGUAUAGGAAUAUAGUUCAUGAUUGUAUUCAACUUUCACUGAACUUCACUGGUUUAGACAAAGUCUGAAUGUUGCUGAGGUUAUGGUUGUUAAUAUAAAAUAAUGAGGAAUUAUUGUUGAAAACUAUUUAUUCCUGAACUCUCAGAUUUCUUGCAAUACGCACAAUUAACUCAGUUUACUCACAAGUAAAGUUCAAAGCCUUGUUUUCCUACGUCCAGGUGGUGCGGUUUAAUGUUAUACUGUAUGUGCAGUAGAUGUGUUACAUUGAUGGAAAAAUAACCACUUAAAAAGAGUUACGAUGGUUAAAAACCUGCUGAGUUCAGACUCUCAGGAGUGAUUCAUCUCAAUAUUUACACUUACAACGCAAGAAAAGCACUUCUGCCUUAUCAAUACAGGUUUCUAUGUUUUUCUCUGUAAAUAUAUAUAUAUAUUUCUACAUUUUUACUUGACUGGAUUUUGGAAACAGGUUAUUAAAAACAUCAUUCUUUUUUAUACUGUUGUUGGCAGUGUAACAAAACUUGACCUGUUGGUACAUUUUGUCAAACAACCAAAGUUUGUGUGUCUGUGGCAUUGAAAUCUGAUUUCUCAGGCUUUCAAACUUCUCACUCUGAAUGUCAUGUAGUGAUUUAUCAUGUCGUCAUUUUCAGAGUACUGUAUCUGCAAGAUGAACUCUUUACGAUCAUAUUCACCCCAGCACUCUGGGAUGCUGCCAAUGUUUUUAAUACAUCAAGUUGUUGUAGAAGUAGUGCUGUUGUAAAUAUUAAACUCAGAUUGAUAUGUGCCAACAUGGAUUGAUGAAGCCUCUUAAUUGUCUGAAAGCUUUAUACUCUAGACUGACACAUGUGUAUAUAUAAUGAUAUGUAUGUGUGCUCCAGUACCUAUUUAUAAUAUUACUGCAUCUAUUAAAGAAUUUAAAUAUUCA